AUGCAUGAAUUAGAAACCAAAACCUCAGCUUAUUAUCAAGGUUGGCAAAUAAUAAAAUUAACAAUAUCGUUUAGUGAGAAGCAACCACAAUCUGCUAUCACGGAUGAAACAUGCAAUUCAGAAGUAUGUGCUAACGCUAAUGAUGUUUCGCGAUGUCAUAAGAAAACUUUGGCAUUCGAAGCCAUUGCCGAUUUGCAUAGUCAAUUGGACGGGGACAGUAGUGGUGGCAUCGACGUAUCGGAAGCCUCGCUUUUUCUGGGCGACAAACUCAGCUAUCCAGUCGAUCAGUUCAACCAAAGAGACCUCAGUCAAGAAGAUGGUAUCAUAAGUCUUCUUGACUUGUGGGUAGCCUGGCGCAAGAAUCCCGGUAGUUCUUUUCUAAUGGGUUGUUUGAAUUCACCUUUAAUGAGUUACUUGGGUAUGACUUUUCUUGUUCCGUUUUUGAACUUCAUAAUUAAGCAGAAAAAAUGA